GCCGGUGUAGCUGAGCAUCAAACCCGAGAUCGGCGCGCCACCUGGCGGGCGCUGACAUCAACAGCAAGCAAGCUGUAAACGACUGACGUCGUAAGGAAGUGAGUGAUAGUGCGAAAAAACGUGAGUACUUUGUGAUUUAUUUCGUAUCAAGCAAAAGUUAACCUUAUUGCCUAGAAGACUUUAACUUAGAAAAAAUCUUGGACUUAGAAUAAUUGUUAUGUGUGUUUGUUAGACUUAGUUAGAUUUAAGCCAAAUUGUGUUCAGACGGGGAACCUAUGCCCGAUUUUUAGUAGAUUCUCUAAGUUUCAAACACUUAGAAAAUUUUGGAUAUUUAAAUGGACUUAUAAAAUUUCAAACACAUAUAGAAACUAUUUGCUGUUUAUAAUAGACUUGUACUUUAUUUUUGGAAUCUGUUUGUUUUUUCUGUGAAUUUGUGCUUCAAAAUGUCUUUGCAAUCACAUGUUAGGGUGCAAGAUGACAUUUACGUCCGAUUGUCAAGGGCUAAAAGUAAUUUUAAAAAGUCUCCCAAAGAUAGGAUUACUGUACAAUAUUUACAAACUAGAUUAGAAAGUAUUGAAGAAUUAUGGGCAGAAUUUACUUUAACACAUACACAGAUGGUUAAAGAUUUUGAUCAUAAGGAGUUAACAUCUUCGCCUUAUACUGUAAACGAGGUCUAUUUUAACACUGAAGAAUUGUAUUUAGAUUUAAGAUGCGAAUUAAAAACUGCAUUAAGUAAAUUUAAGAAUAGUGACGUUCCUUCAGCUAUGUCGUCAAAUAAUGAUUCACCUGGUAAAGGCAUAACUAUUAAGUUACCGAGAAUAACGAUUCCCACUUUUUCCGGGAAAUAUACCGAAUGGCCCACCUUUCGUGAUUUAUUUGUGUCAGCAAUUCACAAGAAUAGCACUAUUGACAAUGUCCAAAAAUUGCAUUAUUUAAAAGGUUAUUUGACUGGGGAAGCCGAACAGCUCCUCCGUCAUAUACCAAUUUCAGAAUCUAAUUAUGAAAGAUGCUGGACUCAGUUAGAGACCAGAUAUAAUAACAGGAAAUAUUUAUCUAAUUGUAUUUUGGGAAGGUUACUUAGUCAGAAAAAUAUUAUGCAAGAGUCAGCUAAUGCUUUAAAAGAAUUAAUGGACACAACAUCAGAUUGCUUAAAUGCGUUAAUGAAUUUGGAUAUUGAUGUAACUUCCUGGGACAUUAUAAUAAUUCACAUUGUAGCAUUAAAACUAGAUCCUAACAGCAGAAAGGAUUGGGAAUUAAAGGUAACUAGCAAUAUAGAUUCGGAUGAGUUGCCUACAUUCGGACAGCUCAAAGAAUUCUUAACAAGCCGCUAUAGGGCGCUUGAAUUUUUAGGUACUAAGUCAAGUAACAACAGUGUUGCUAAGGAAAGGGUAUUUCACACGGCGGCCAAUACAGCCAAGGUAUGUCCAGUGUGUAAUAGUAACGAGCACAAAAUAAGAAAUUGUAAACAAUUUGUUAAUAAGGAUGUGGAUAUUCGGCGUAAGUUUGUCCAGGAUCAUAAUUUAUGUUUUAAUUGUUUGGGGUACAACCACUCUGCUAGAUUGUGUAAAUGUACAGCUUCGUGUCAAAUCUGUAAGCGAAGACAUCACUCCUUACUGCACCCUAAAAAUGAGCAGGAAUCUGCUGGUGAUAAGGGAGAUCCAUCAACGCAAGCACAUUCAACCACUGUCGGAGUGGAAUCUCAAAACAAGGUAGUAGCUUGUUUCUCAAAAAGUGGAGUGAGUAGUCAGGUCUUGCUGGCCACAGCGCUGGUGAGGGCUGUAUCCAAAAACGGUUUGUUUACGAUCAGAGCCCUGUUAGAUCAAGGCUCACAAGCGUCUUUUGUUACAGAGCGUACUGUGCAGAGUUUAGGGUUGCGUAAAAAAGCGGUUAAGGGUUCAAUUACUGGCAUAGAUGUUAAUAACAAAUUAGUAUUAAAUUCGGUUGUUGAGGUCAAAAUUCAAUCUAGGAUUGAUCCGUCAUAUGAACUUGUAGUCAAAGCAUACGUUCUCAAAUCUUUAACGUCUUUAUUACCGGGUAGAGAAACGUCAUAUUUAGAUUGGGCUCAAGUUAGUGACAUUGAACUAGCGGAUCCUAGGUAUCACAAACCGGAUAAAGUUGAUAUGUUGUUAGGGGCAGAAAUCUAUAGUCAGAUUUUGCAGAACGGGUUCAAAAAGGCUCCUGAUGGCAGCACAGUAGCUCAGGCUACCUCAUUGGGAUGGAUUUUAUCGGGUACAGUUACUUCUGCUUCUCAGAAUACAUCCAAUAUUACCGUGAUGCAUACCCAACUCGGUGAUGAUGAAAUCCUGAAAAGAUUCUGGGAAUUAGAAAGAGAACCAAAUCACAUCAAGAAACAUUUACUCACCGAAGAGGAAUCCAGGUGUGAGGAAAUAUUUAAGGCUACAACUACUAGAGAAAAGGACGGUCGCUACGUUGUUAACUUACCAUUUAAAAGCGAAGAUCCAAGCUGUCAAUAUGGUGAUACAAGAAAGGCUGCAAUUAGGAGGUUUUAUACAUUAGAAACUAAAUUCACCAAAGAUACACAGUUAAAGGAAAAAUACGCAGAUGUUAUGAAGGAGUAUUUACAAUUGGGACAUAUGAGGGAACUAACUAAAUCAGAGGAACAAAAUGAGCAUGCAGUGUACUUACCUCAUCAUGCGGUUGUACGUAAUGACAAGGACACCACCAAGGUUCGAGUUGUUUUUGAUGCUUUCUGCAAGGGAAAUAAUGGGUUAUCUCUCAACGACGACUUAAUGAUAGGUCCUAGACUGCAACCAGAUUUGCGACAUUUGUUGAUUGGUUGGAGAACUCACCGCAUUUGCCUGGUCUCGGACAUCGUAAAAAUGUACCGAAUGGUACGCGUUGCUGACCAUCACACUGAUUUUCAGCGUAUCGUGUGGAGAGAUAACAAGCAUUCUACACUAAAACAUUACAAGUUACUUACUGUUACCUUUGGUACCUCUUCAGCACCUUUUUUGGCAGUGCGAUCGAUGCAGCAAGUGGCGUACGAUGAGGGAAUUAAAUAUCCAUUCGCAGCUGAAAGGGUACUUAAAGAUUAUUACAUGGAUGAUUUGAUGACUGGUUGUGACACGAUAGAAGAAGGCAUGCAAAUCUAUAAUCAAAUGAACGAGUUACUUGCAAAGGCGGGAUUCACUUUACAAAAGUGGUCAAGCAACAACAGUGAAUUACUGGAAAAAAUGAUCGGGAAAAGAUACUCUUUCAAGGGACAGCAAAAUCUGAAAAAAGAGAAGCCUAAAAGAAAGAAGUUUAAAUCAUUAAAUCUUUACCUUGAUUCCGUUAAUAUCUUGAGGGUGGGCGGUAGACUGGAGCGUUCUGACCUUGCCAGAGAUCGUAAAAACCCAAUUUUAAUUCCUAGCAAUUCUCAUUUUACUAAUCUUCUAAUUGCUGAUGCACAUGAUAGGAAUCUACAUGGCGGACCUCAACUUAUGCUUAACUAUUUAAGCACAAAAUAUUAUAUUCAGGGAGCCAAACGGUUGGUUACUGCGUACGUAAAAUGUGUAACUUGCUUGCGUUAUACAGCUUCUACGAAACCUCAGUUAAUGGGUCAAUUACCACCUGCACGGGUUACACCAAAUAGACCAUUCAAGAGUAGCGGGGUAGAUUUUGCUGGACCUAUCAAUUUGAGAACAUCCAAGGGUAGAGGUCAUCACGCAUACAAGGGGUAUAUUUGUUUAUUCGUCUGUAUGACAACUAAGGCUGUCCAUAUCGAAGCUGUUAGUGACCUGACAACAAAUUGGUUUCUUGCCGCGUUUAGGAGGUUUGUAGCAAGACGUGGUCAUUGCACAGAUAUGUGGAGUGAUAACGGUACAAAUUUUCACGGUGCUUGUAGGGAGUUGGAUACACUUCUUCGCUCUGAGAAUUCAAAAUUGGCUAAGGAUAUUGCUGCAUCAUUGGCUGGUGAGGGUACUACAUGGCACUUUAUCCCACCUCAUGCACCGAAUUUUGGCGGAUUAUGGGAGAGUGGAAUAAAGUCGUGUAAAAAGCAUUUAAAUAGAGUAAUAGGAAGCUCUACUUUAACUUUUGAAGAGAUGGCUACAUUAUUAAGUCAAGUAACAGAUUCGAACAAGUUUGAUGCCUUAACACCUGGGCAUUUUCUUGUGGGGGAACCAAUCAUAAGCGCACCAGAUCGUAACUAUGAAGAUGCAAAUAUUUCUAGCUUAAAGAGGUGGCAUUUAGUACAACAGAUGACGCAACAUUUUUGGCGUCGCUGGUCCAGCGAAUAUCUGACUAUACUUUUCCAUCGUUAUAAAUGGUCAACUCAAAAUCCAGAACCCAACAUAGGAGAUGUUGUGUUAAUUAAAGAGGAUAAUUUACCUCCCUGUCGGUGGCUGCUUGGCAGAGUGGUAGAAAAGCAUCCGGGGUUGGACAAUCUUACACGAGUAGUCACAAUUCGCAGUAAUGGUUCUAUGCUCAAAAGGCCCACAUCUAAACUGUGUGUCUUGCCUGUUGCCUAAUUAUAUUAGUUUAGGAUAACUUUAAGCCAUAUUGUUAAUCUUAUUUCUGUAUUCGUUGUAACUUUUGUAACUUUAAAAGGACAUAAUGGUAUAAUGUCCUUGGUGGGCGGAAUGUCUAACCGUCAAGCAAAUGACAUGUAAGAAACCCGCGGUUCAGAAAACAAGUCUUCCAACAUUCGUCCAUAGAUGGCGCUUUUUAUUUGAGAUCGUUUUCUGAAUCGCGGUGUUAAGAUUCUCCGGCAAUACUAUAAGGGUCCAACGAAUUUAUUUGAAUGUUAGUAUCAAUUUGUCACGUGCUAUUGUAUCGUAAUUUUUAUUGUACAAUAAUUUGGAAUACAAGUGUUCGGUAACCACGACCAAGUACUUUUAUUCAAUUCAACCCCCAGCUUAACCCUCACG